AUGAAUACAACAUCAACACAUUGUGUGCCACCGAGAAGAGUUAAUACAUACGAGCCUCUCCAUCAAUUUGGUAUGUGGGGAGAUACUUUCAAGAGCAAUAUUGGCAAUGGGAAUCUCAACACCACAAGCCACAUUAUAAUACCUACAAAUAAUCAGAAACUAGACAACAACUUGUCAGAGGAUACUUCCCAUGGAACUCCAAUCAUAUUUGAUCAAGAAACUUCCACGUCAAGACAUCCUGAUAAGAUAAAGAGACGUCUUGCGCAAAACCGUGAGGCUGCAAAGAAAAGUCGCUUGCGCAAGAAGGCUUAUGUUCAGCAGCUAGAAACAAGCAGGUUGAAGCUAAUACAGUUAGAGCAAGAACUCGAUCGUGCUAGACAACAGGGAUUCUACGUUGGGAAUGGUAUAGAUACUAGUACUACUACUUCUCUCGGUUUCUCGGACAACAUGAACUCAGGGAUUGCUACUUUUGAGAUGGAGUAUGGACAAUGGAUUGAAGAGCAGAACAAACAGAUAAGCGAGCUAAGAAUGGUUUUGCAAGGACAUGUGGGAGAUGUGGAGCUUCGUUUGCUAGUUGAAAACGCCAUGAAACAUUACUUUGAUCUUUUCCGGAUGAAAUCAGCAGCUGCAAAAGAAGAUGUUUUCUUCAUCAUGUCAGGGAUGUGGAGAACUUCUGCAGAACGUUUUUUCCUAUGGAUUGGCGGGUUUCGACCCUCGGAUCUUAUCAAGGUUCUUUUACCACAUUUUGAUGUGAUGACGGAUCAACAGAUUCUAGAUGUAUGCAACCUAAGACAAUCUUGUCAGCAAGCUGAAGACGCUUUGUCUCAAGGUAUGGAGAAGCUACAACACAACCUUGCGGAUUGUGUUGCUGGUGGACGACUAGGUGAAGGAAAUUACGUUCCUCAGGUGAAUUCUGCAAUGGAGAGAGCAGAAGCUUCGGUCAGCUUUGUUAAUCAGGCUGAUCAUUUGAGACACGAGACGUUGCAACAAAUGCAUAGGAUCUUGACUACAAGACAAGCGGCUCGUGGAUUGUUGGCACUUGGUGAGUAUUUUCAACGGCUUAGAGCCUUGAGCUCGAGUUGGGCAACUAGACAUCGUGAACCAACUUAGAUUUGAGUUUUUGUAUUACAAAAACAACAAGAAUGAAGACGAGUGCAUUUUGUAAAACAGAGGAUUAUUCAUAAUAAUAAAAUGGGGGUUGCUGCUGAUACUUAUUUUUUCUAAUUCUGCGGGAAUCAUAAAAUUUGAAAACCAUGUAUUGAAAAAGUUGUAAAUAUAUUCAAAAAUCAUGUGUUAUAUAUGUUG